CCGGUUCAUUGGGUUUUUUCAUUAAUUUUUUUUUUUGAAUUUUUUGAAACUUUUGCCAAAAUGUAGAUACUUUUAGCGUAGAUAUCCAAAAUAUAUUAUCAAGCAAAAGCAAGAAAUAGCAAAACUCAUGUCAGGGGUAAAAAAUGGAAACAACAAUACCUCGAGGAGUUAUAUAUACAAACAUGACCAAUAAAUCAUGGUCGCCGGCUCUCCGCUACUGAAGUUUAAUUUCCAAUCCCAAAAUUAAUUUCAUAAUUUUUAUCGCAAAAUCUCAAAAAUCUAGGGUUAGGGUUUCUAUUAUCUCUUGAAAUAAUUUCUGGAGAAGCUUCAUUCUUUCAUGGACAGACAUAGAGGCGGAGGAGGAGGAGACAGGUACGGGAAUAGUCCUAACGACUCACAUCCUUACAGACACCCUAGAGGCGGAGGCGGUGGAGGCCCACCACCUUCACGAUCUUCAGAUGAUAUUCCAAUGAAUCGUCACCACGGAGGUUUCUCUGGAAAUCGUCGUCCUUUUGAUAACAGUCCACCUCGUUAUUCUCUUAGCGGAGGUGGUGGUGGUGGCGGCGGGGGAGGUUUUCACCCGAUGGAUGGCGACGGUGGUUUCCGGCCUUUAGGUGUGCGUGGUGCUAGGAGCUACAACAAUCCUUCUUCAGAGUUCGAGGUACCUCUUUCUGGGCAGAAAAGGUUUAAUCCUGAUUACGAGGUGCCUAUGUCGGGCCAGAAACGUCAAUUUCCUUUUCCUGGCCGAGGAGGGCCUUCCCCAGAUCGAUUUGAUGGAGGCAAUUUUGAGAAAAGGAACUUCGACGGAGAUAAUUUUGAUAAAAGAAAUGUUGAUGGAGGCAAUUUUGACAAAAAACCUGCUGAAGGAGGCAGCUUCGCCAAGCUUUUUGUUGGUUCUGUUCCCAAGACUGCAACAGAAGAAGAUAUCCGACCUGUUUUUGAAGAACAUGGAAAUGUUGUUGAGGUUGCAUUGAUUAAAGACAAGAGAACAGGGCAACAACAAGGACAAACGGUGUUCGCCUCUGCAGGAUGUUGCUUUAUUAAAUAUGCCACAUCAGAAGAUGCUGACAGGGCAAUACGUGCCUUACACAAUCAGUACACAUUGCCAGGGGGAAUGGGUCCCAUCCAGGUCAGAUAUGCUGAUGGGGAGCGUGAACGUUUAGGUGCAGUGGAGUUCAAAUUGUUUGUUGGCUCAUUAAAUAAACAAGCAACAGAGAAAGAAGUUGAACAAAUUUUUUUGCCUUAUGGUCGUGUUGAAGAUGUCUAUCUCAUGCGCGAUGAAAUGAAACAGAGUCGUGGAUGUGGAUUUGUUAAAUACUCAAAUAGAGAUGUGGCAAUGGCAGCUAUUAAUGCUCUUAAUGGAAUUUACACAAUGAGAGGUUGUGAACAGCCAUUAAUUGUUCGAUUUGCGGACCCUAAAAGACCUAGACCUGGGGAAACAAGGGGAACUCCUUCAUUUGGUGGCCCCGGGUUUGGUCCUCGGAUGCAGCCCCCAGGAAUUAGACCACCGAAUCCUGGGGAGGCAGCAAUGCAUGGUAACGCAUGGCAUCCGAUGGGCCCAGUUGAUGUUGGUGGCAUGAACAACCAAAUGACAGCAGCUAGAUCUGGUGAUGCAAAAGUGUUGCAACUUUCAUCAUCUCCUUUAAAAAAGCCAUCAAAUCAAUCACCACAGCCUCCAUCCUCCAACACCAUAAGACCACUUGGUCAACAACAACCACCCAAUUCCAGUGGUCAAACACAUUCACAUGGCCAUGGUUUCAACACAGUGUUACCCCAAAAUCAGUAUCAGGCGAGUUACCAGUCCUCUCAACAAGCCUUCUCACAGCUUCAACAGCAACUGCAACUUAUCACACCUCAGCAGAAUCUUCAACCUCCUCCUCCUGCUAGAUUGCAGCCGCCGCCUAAUUCUGCUCCGCUCAUGCCAUCCUUGAAAUGUAACUGGACUGAGCACACGUCCCCUGAUGGAUAUAAGUACUACUACAAUAGUACAACUGGCGAAAGCAAGUGGGAGAAACCGGAGGAAUUGGCUUUGUUUGAACAACAACAGAAGCCUCAAGAACAACAGCAACAGCAACAGCAACAACAACAACCGCAGCAAACUCAGUCUCUUUCACACAGUCAAGGUGGUGUUCCACAUCAGCAAACUCCAAGUCUUUCACACAGUCAAGGACAUCAGCAAAUGCAACCUCUCACUCAAGGUGUCCCACUGCCACAUCAGCAAACUCAGAUUCCACAGUUUCAGAAUCAGAUGCAACAGGGGCGACACCCUCAACACUUGCAAAAUCCCACUCACUCUACACCCUAUCAAAAUGCUGGGGUUGCAGGCCAUCAAAAUAUUCAGGGCUUUGGGUAUGGACAAAUGCCAGUGGGUGGUGGUUCCAUGAAUGAUUCUGCACAACGCUUUCAGCAGGGGAUGCAGGGAGCCCAGGACUGGAUUUGGAAAAAUAAAACCCCAGGUCCAGGCAGUUAGGCUAAGAGACGAUUUGAAGAAAAUUGUGACUUUUAUAGAUUUAUUUGCUUGUCAUCGAUCUUGUAACAUAACUAUUACCAUUAGGUUGUUUAAAAAAAAAAGAUCUGUUAUGGAUCUUUAUAGAUUUGUAGUGUUUGAGUCGUGGUGAUGAUUUCUUUAAAUUUUAACCGUGCUUGAAACUCGCAUCAUGAAUCGGAGACUUUGGGCCGAAAAAAUGUUUGUCAUCUACCCGGAGUUCUUAAAUCUGUGAAAUAAUUUGGAGAUAACGACUGUUACAGAUGAUUCAUAGAUCAUGAUCUUGAGAAUGGGGUAACAACAAAUGUCUAUACAACAUAUUGUGGGUAUACAUGAAUGUUUUGCAUAUCAAAUGGAUUUAGAGGAAAGGAAUGAGGCACAAAGCCACGAUAAGGAUCAUAAUAUGACAAGAAUAAUAGUAAUAUCACGAGGGAUUGGCAUCUCUAUAUCAAGGAGUGGAGGAUACAUCUCUGAAUUUGAAGUACUCUCAACUUUCAUUCCAAAUUAAUCGGAGGAGCAUAUAGACGUUUGAUUCUCAAGUUGGCUAAACCAGAAAUAGAAAUAAAAACUGGAUGCAAACUCUCAACACCGUGACGUGCGACCAAGCGAUGCAAUUCUCUUAAAACAUCAGAACUGCCAUGAGAUUGUAAAAUAGAAGACGGUCACUAAAAGUUGCUCUGGUUCAUCCACUCUUGUUCUCUCUAACCUUGGAAGCAAGUCAUAGGCCACUAGGGCGAUAUACUCUAAAAACCCACUCAAACAAUUGAGCUGACCCAAAAC